GGUAUUCUAUUCUAAGUUAUUUUCUUUUGUUUUUCUCAAUGUUCUCCUUGAAAGUCCCCAACUCAUCUCUUUUGUAUAUCAAAACAAAAAAAGUCCUCUCUUACUCACGAAUGAACGCCAUUGCAGCACCUCAAUCUCCCCUCCUCGGUCUUCAUCGCUAACAAUUUUCUUCUAUGAUUCCAAUCUUCACAAUGAAUCUGGAUCCUCACCUUUCUCCAACUUUCAACCCUUCAAUCUCCUUUUAUCAGGUCUUCUCUAUCUCGAGUAUGUAUCCAGUCUAGUUGGAAUUGUAUUGGGCUGAAGGUAAUUCCGGAGUUUAGGUUUUUUUUUUUUUUUGGGGGGGGUGUGGGGGUUUGUCGGUGUGAUUAUGGAUGGGAAUAAGGACGAAGCUUUGAGAUGUAUUCGUAUAGCGGAAGAAUCAAUUGCGUCGGGGAAUAAAGAGCGAGCACUUAGAUUCAUUAAAAUUGCUCGUCGUCUUAAUCAGAGUGUGCAAGUCGACGAGCUAUUGGCGGCGUGUGAGGAGAUCGGUUCGGGAUCAUCCGAGGAGAAACGUGCAGGAAAAGGUGAGAGUGUUUCUGGUUCGGUGAAACAUGGUGACGGUUUGAAUGGUGAACGUAAUUACAGUAUGGAACAUGUUCAAUUGAUUAGGCAGAUAAAAACAACCAAGGACUAUUACGGAAUUCUUGGUGUGGAGAAAACUAGUUCGGCUGAAGAGAUUAAGAGGGCUUAUAGGAAACUCUCCUUGAAAGUUCACCCUGAUAAAAACAAGGCUCCUGGUUCUGAAGAAGCGUUUAAGAAAUUAUCCAAGGCUUUCAGUUGUUUGAGCGAUGAUACUUUAAGAAGGCAAUAUGAUCACACGCCUUUGGUUGAUCAGUAUGAGUACAACCAACAGCAUAAUGUAAGGCAAAGGAGAAGGAGAAAUGGUCAUGAUUUGUUCGAAGAAAAUUUUGAUCCUGAUGAGAUAUUCAGGGCGUUCUUUGGGCAGGGAAAUAUGUUUCAGACGAGUCGUGCUUAUACGUAUAGAACUGGAGGUGCAGGAAGCCAACAAAGGACAGAAUCUUAUGGGGGAGGUCCCAACUUUUUGAUCAUUCUUCUAAUGUUACCAUUCUUGUUAAUUUGCUUGUUGGCUUACAUGCCAUUUCCAGAGCCGGAAUAUGCUUUGCAUAAAAGUCUGUCCUAUAGUAUUCCUAUGGCUACAGAGAAGCAUGGAGUGGAGUUUUUUGUCAAAUCAUCAGAUUUUGAUGAAAGAUAUCCUCUUGGAAGCCCAGGUCGAGUUGAAUUAGAGAAUAGUGUGCUGAGAGAUUAUAGAAACAUGGUUUGGCGUUACUGUCAUAUAGAACUUCAGAGACGCCAGUGGAACAAAAAUCUCCCUACUCCUCACUGUGAGAAGCUGAAUACUCUCGCUGUAGCAUGAAGCCGUUAACCUUUCUUGAAUAUGAAGACUGCAACAUUAAGUUGGUUGUUUCUCGAUGCUUUGGAUCCCAUUUUGAUCUAGUCUAUUAUGUCACUCAUGUGUUAGGCGGUUCAGACUCAGAUUUUUUAAUGCACCUUUGCUGUUUGAUCCCUGAGAAAUCUUUUUCUUUGUUGAACAAGGUAUAUUAUAGUUGUAGAUCCUUUGUUCGAAACUUCAAACUCCUAAAUAUCAUUUCCUCUCUGAUUUGUACUAAUUGAUCUUGGGAAAGAAAGUGUUUUGAUAUAGUUAUAUAUAUGUGAAUCUACUGUGUGAAGUUCCACAUAUUUGCCUGUAUUGAAGGCAAUGUGCAAGUAUGAUACCCAGAAAUUGCCAACUGAUGGGAAACAGAGCAUAUUUUAAAUUAAAGCAGGUCAUAUAGGUGAAUUUUGACGUUUUGAUACUCCAUGCUCAUAUGCGGAACAGAAUGCUUAUGGCUGGAACACGGGGCUAUUGUCCGAAGGUUUCUUUGGGUUGUGUUGAUUCAAUCACUCGACACCAUUUGCCAUCAACGACCCUGGACUGGUACUACCAUCUAUAAUUUUUCUACAUCACGUCGUCUUGAAAUUAGUGUGACCCAUUUUCUGAAUGAAGUCAAAAUAAAUGUACGAAACUGAAAGAUGAUAUUGAUUUGUUUCUGUACAUUUUUCAAAUAAUACUAAAGCGAAGCUUAAGUUUUUACUUAUA